UUCAUUUCAUUCCCCCACUUCCAACUUUUCUACUUCUUAACCUCAUCCUUUCUCUCUCUUCUAGCAUCAGUACUCUCUAACGAGAAUCCAUUCCUAGUAGAAUUAGAAUACAAAAAUUAAACCCUCCAAAAUAAAAUGGUUAUAUCAUCAUCAACAAGAAUAAAAAGUGCUAAAAUUUCAGCAACAAGAACAGAUGCAGGGCUUCGUAUUGUAAUACUGCAAAUUCCUGAGGUUGAAUACUCAUCAAAUAUUGUGGUUAAAUCUGGGUUAAGAUCAUUAACCCAAACACCCAUCACUUCAUCAUCAUCAGUGAUUAACAGCAGUGCCAAUAUUAGUAGUAUUCAUGGAGAUUUUAAUUGUUUUCUCAGAUCUUGUCAUUUAUGCAACAAGCCUCUUUCCUCUGAUAAAGAUGUUUACAUGUACAGGGGUGAUCAAGGAUUUUGUAGCAUAGAAUGCAGGAGCAGGCAAAUAAUGGUAGAUGAAAUGAAAGAGAUGGAGGCCAAGACCAAGAAGAGGGUUGCAGCUGCUGUUACUUCUUCUGUAGAUUGUCAUGGAUGUGAAACUUGUACGCUAUUAGAGGACCUUAGACAACGUCGAAAUCGCCGUAAUAAUAAUAAUAGUAAUAAUAAUAAUAAUAAUAAUAAUAAUAAUAAUAAUAAUAAUAAUAAUAAUAAUAAUUACAAACAAUUCAUGUCUCCUACAAAACAUCAACAACCAUUGCUCUCUUUCUCAUAGUUGAUUAGGAUCUUAUAUGUGGUGUAAAUUUUUGGUAGCUAGGGUUUAUAAGCACCAUGAUUCGAUGGACGAAGUUGUUAGAAUGUUGGUGUAAUCCAUAGUAUAUAUGUGAUAUUUUCUUGCC